AUGCUUUUGGUGAGCACCAAGCCAGCAAAACAUUCUUCGCUUGGAAUGCUGCCAGAAACCCUUGACCACUCACAACUGAUUCGCCUCUCACAAUUGCAAACCUUCGAUCACUCCACCGAACGCUGCCGCUCGGGACCAUGGCAUGACCUUGCACCACGCAACAAUCCAAACUUCGACCUCGAUCAGUCGCGCAAGGCAAACCGACCGUCUUCGAACCAUCGGCCAGCCUCGCGCCAACCAGUUCAGUCCGACUCACAAAGGCCGCCGCACAACAACAACAACAACAACAACAACAACAACAACAACAACAACAACAACAACAACAACAACAACAACAACAACAACAACGACGACGACGACGACGACAACAACAACAACAACAACGACGACAACGUUCGCCACGUCAUCGGCAACAUGGCGAAGCGUGUUCACCGCAGCACUCGGCGCACCAAUCGCAGACACCUACGAUCCAUAUCUCCUACCCCGUCUGGACAAGAAGUCGCAUUCACCACCUAG